AUGAAGCUACCGGCCAUCCAAUAUGCCACCUCCCUUUCGGCACACCAGUCUAGUCUAAGGAGAAGCUGCAGUUCCCCGCUGCAUUCUUCCUUCCAAAGAUUACUUUCUACUACUUCUCGCUCUCAGCUCAGAGAUGUCUUCCCGGCCAAAGAGACCCCGCUAAUACAGACCACUCCGCCUGCGUGGCCUCACCAUGGAUAUACUAUGGAGGAGAUGAAGCUUGUUGCACCGGCACAUCGCCCACCUCGCACACUAGGAGAUCAUGCGGCUUGGAAAAUCGUCCGCUUUGCCAGGUUUUGCAUGGAUAAGGCAACAGGCAUGGACCGAGCACAAAAGGGCGAUAAGAAACACCCUACUACAUCGAUUGCAGCGGAAAAGCCACUCACUGAGGCUCAAUGGCUCAUUCGCUUUGUGUUUCUCGAGAGCAUUGCCGGCGUCCCAGGCAUGGUAGGCGGCAUGCUACGACACCUUGGCAGCCUAAGAAGGCUCAAGCGCGAUAACGGUUGGAUCGAAACCCUCCUUGAAGAAAGCUAUAACGAACGCAUGCACCUUCUCACCUUCAUGAAGAUGUGUGAGCCAGGAUGGUUUAUGAAAACUAUGAUUAUCAUUUCGCAAGGCAUUUUUUUCAACGGCUUGUUCAUCGCUUACGUUGUAUCCCCCAAGAUCGUCCACCGAUUCGUUGGUUAUCUUGAAGAAGAAGCUGUACACACAUAUACCAGAGCUAUUGCUGAGAUUGAAGACGGACAUCUUCCUAAGUGGAAUAGCCCUGCUUUCAAGGUUCCAGACAUAGCCGUUCAGUAUUGGGAGAUGCCUGAAGGUAACCGAACGAUGAAAGACCUCAUUAUGUAUAUUAGAGCCGACGAAGCUAUACACCGAGGUGUCAAUCACACACUUGGAAAUCUUAACCAACAGGAAGAUCCGAAUCCUUUUGUUAGCAAUUUCAAGGACGGCGAGGUACCCAAACCAGCACUGAAAGGCGUCGGAUAUGAGAGGUCUGAAGUCAUAUAA